CGUAUUGGCGUUCUGGCGCUUUGGGGCCGUCUGGUUGCCUCAGUCAGAUACGAGAUACGGAAGCCCAGCGAACGGAGGAGGGCGCGAGAUGCGGACGCCGUGCGUGACCACAGUACAAACUAGAUUACAUUAAGUUAGACUAGCUAAUCCCAAGCUGAACCCAGGCCCCUUCCCCGCCGUCUGGACGCAUCUACCCCGUCUGGAACGCACUACGAAAGCAAGCAGCAUAAGUGAUGGUGCCUGCGGCCGUCAAGCUGCUGCAGGCCUCGCUGGGUCAGUGGCGACGAGGGAGCAAGCUGCAUCCCAUGGCCAAGGGCGCGCUCACGUACGCGGUCAUGUGGCCCGCGGGCAGCCUGAUCCAGCAGGCGAUGGAGGGUCGCAAGCUGCGCGAGUACGACUGGGCCAGGGCGCUCCGUUUCAGCUUGUUUGGAGCUCUGUACGUGGCGCCCACUCUGUACGGCUGGGUGCGGCUCACCAGCGCCAUGUGGCCGCAGACCAAUCUGCGCACGGGCAUCGUUAAGGCCAUCACGGAACAGCUUUCCUACGGACCCUUCGCUUGCGUAAGCUUUUUCAUGGGAAUGAGCUUGCUGGAGCUGAAGACCUUCAGCCAGGCCGUGGAAGAAACGAAGGAGAAGGCGGCGCCCACGUACAAGGUCGGCGUGUGCAUCUGGCCUAUUCUGCAGACCAUUAACUUCUCGCUGGUGCCGGAGCACAACCGCGUGGUGUUCGUAAGCAUUUGCAGCCUGAUGUGGACCAUUUUCCUGGCGUACAUGAAGACGCGCCACGAGGAGCAGUCGGAUUCCGCGGUUCUGCCUUGUACAUAG